ACGGAAGCUGGUGCAAUGUCAUUUUUUUUAGGAUAAAUUAUCACGGGCGAAAUUCAGAAAAGUGGGACAGAGCAGAUUUCGGGGUAAUAAUGGAGGAACCCGACCCACGGUGAUUGAUUCCAAUCCAAAUCCACAGUUCGGGAUCCAUUGAGCAGCCUUGUUCGAGCGCAGAGCAGCUGUGAAAAAGAACCAGACGAGCUCAAUUCUGAAAUGCCUCAAGACACAUCAAAAUACGGUUAUUUGCGGGACUCCAUAUAACUUGUAAUAUUACCCAUCCGUUAACAUGAGUUUCUGUUUUUUGUCGGGUGUAGUAGCUGUAUAAUUUUAACCAGACAUACCACUAGCACAUGAUUCGGUACCACACAGCCUUGCGUCAGCUAGGAUAGCCACGCGAAUUAGUCAAGAGACAGGUUAUUUUUGGUGUGAGUGAGAGCGCUGGGGUGCAUUAUAAUAAAUAUUUGGCCAUAUGAGCAUAGCUAACAACUGCUUCGUUUCAUAUCAAGUCGCUAAAUCCUGCCAAUUUCAUGACAGAAAUCUGAAUUCAUUGUAGACGUUUUAGAUUAUAGAUUUAUUCCGCAUAUCAACCAAUUGCAUUGAUUUAAUGUCAUACGGGGCGCCAUUAGAUAAUGGACCUGAAUUUUUAUUCCGAUCUAACGGAUGGGACUGGGCCACACGGAGAUCCAGAAUUCCUGGACCCUGGGUCUUUCAAUGGAUAUGACAAUAAGUUCCCUGAAGGCAGUAGUAACUACCUGACCAUCAGCGGGGCGGGCCAUCCAUUCCUCUCAUCCUCUGAGACGUUCCACACCCCCAGUCUGGGAGAUGAGGAGUUCGAGAUCCCCCCCAUCUCACUGGAUCCAGACCAGGCGCUCAUCGCGUCCGAUGUGGUGGCCCAUUUCGGAGAGCUAUCGGAUAGAGAGCACAGUGGCUUGUCCACCCCCGGGAACGUUGUGGUCGGGGGAGACGAUCCGUCCUUCGCCUCCACCUUUGUGAAUCCCCACCCGGGAUCUCAGGGACUGGACCACCACCUGAGUCUGGGGGUCAUCAGUCAGCCAGGUGGAGGAGGAGCUAUUCUGGGGUCUGCUCUGGGCAUGGAUCUGGGCCACCCUGUUGGCUCCCAGUUCAGCAGCUCCUCCCCCAUGACCAUAGACGUCCCGCUGAGUGACAUGGACCACAGCCUGUUGGGCCACAACCAGCUGAUCACCAUCGACCAAUCGGAGCUCAGCGCCCAGCUGGGGCUCAGCUUAGGGGGCGGGGCCAACCUGGCGAGGUCGCAGUCACCUGACCAACCACUGUCGGCCGCUGCUUCGCCGGCCGGCUCGCUACAGGACGAUGACAUGGACGACUUCAGACAGAGUGUGCUGGUGGAGUCCCCUAUCUCUCUCGGUGUCAUCUCCCUCGAGCCCCCUCUCUCCGACUCCCCCAUUCCUUCCUUUGCUCCGUCCUCCAACACCCCUCCUACCCUCGUCCGGAGAGGGGCAGUGGCCGGAGGGGGAGGAGGGAAGAAAGGGAAGAAAAAGAAAGACCCUAACGAGCCCCAGAAGCCUGUGUCGGCCUACGCUCUGUUCUUCAGGGACACGCAGGCAGCCAUUAAGGGCCAGAACCCCAGCGCCACCUUCGGAGAGGUGUCCAAGAUAGUGGCCUCCAUGUGGGAUAGCCUGGGGGAGGAGCAGAAGCAGGUGUACAAGAGGAAGACGGAAGCAGCGAAGAAGGAUUAUCUCGAGGCUCUGGAAGCCUACAGAGAUCAUCAGCUUUCUCAGCCGACCAUUGAGGUUCUGGACAGUUCCCCGUCGCCUCCCUCUCCUCCUCCCGUUGCCCCACUCCCCGCCCCUGCUCCCCGUUCCACCCGUUCCUCCGUCCCCCACCUCGCCCCUGAAGAGAACACCAUCACCAACAUCUGCACCUCCAACAUCAUCCUAGCAGGUGGAGACCUCCCUCAGGUCACCACCCGAUCCCGUACAGGGGCGCAAAAACCCCCCACUCCUACGCCCGCCCUGGCCCUAAACCCCCCCACCGUUACGAAAAUCAUCAUCAAGCAACAGACGUCGCCAUCAGGGGUAAUGGUGGUGUCAAGUAGUACGGUAUUGUCUACUCGGCAGCCGCCACCACUCCAACAGAUGCAGAACACCCCUCCUCCGCCCCGUCUCCAGCAGAUGGUACAUGCCCAGGCCCCACCGCCCCUGCAGGCCAAACCAAGAGGCGGGGGUGCCAUGGCACCACCCCCUCUGCAGAUCAAGAUCGUCCCUCCCGCCUCAGAUUUGGACUCUCCCUUUAUCGACACGGCGGCAGGGGGGUUAGCCGCGUUGGGGGGGGGCACUCCGACCUCGGGGGAGGUGGUACAGUCCGCUGCCUUAGUAACGGCCUGUUCGACGGAAGCCGAGGACGGGGCGGAAGGAGAGGAUGGGAUGCAGGUGGAGUUGAAUGUGUCUCCAGGGCCAGAUGUGACCCAGACCUGCAGCCCUAACCUGUGUGUCCGAGCCGGCUGCACCAACCCAGCUGUAGAGAACAAGGACUGGGACAGGGAAUACUGCAGCAACAAGUGUGUCGCCACACACUGCAGGGAUGUGUUCAUGGCCUGGUGUGCGAUCCGAGGGCAGGACUCCACUGUCACGUAAGGAAUGGACAGAAGAGAGGAGUGAUAGAUGGACAAAGACUUCAAAGAGGAGUGAGAGGAGAGAAGAGUGAUAUAUGGACAUGAUAGGGAUUAGCCAGGACUAAAGAGAAAGGAGAGGGGAGUGAAGAAUGGAGAAGAGGAGGGACUUGGCUUUUUUCCACAACCAGACUUUGUCCUCAUAGAAUAAUCAAGCAGAAGACCAAUACUCCUGUGCUGAUACAUUGUGAAGUUUAAAUAAUAAUAUCAUUUUCUAUUAAAUGUUUUUAAGGUAAUAUCUAAUAUAACACUACAGGCACCACUGGUAUGUCUCUUGCAUUUCAUAGCUCGUGCCAUAGAGUUGGACAAAGGGCACAUAUCUGCAAAUGGUGCUGUACAUGCAAAAAUAGACUGUGUUAAUCUAUCCAACUCUACAGCUAAUGAUGGUUUUUCUACUGACCGUGUUAUCAGUGUUGUCCUUACAAGUCAUUUCAAGGUAUGUACAGUGCAUUCGGAAAGUAUUUAGACCCCUUGACUUUUUCCUCAUUUUGCUACGUUACAGCCUUAUUCUAAAAUUGAUUAAAUGAAAAAAAAUCUUCAUCAAUUUACACACCCCA